AUGACAACUGUUGACGUUAAAUUUCUUAUAGCGCAUUGCGAUGCCGGAGAAAACACACGGGGCCGUAUAGAUUACGAAUUAAUUCCAGAAAAACGCCGAUAUUCCGUCUCGUUCGACUGUUACGGCGGAAUUGUAAAAGUGUGGACGCCCAACUGCGCGAAGUUCUUGACCACCGUUAGGAAAAACCAGCUCGUAUGGAUUCCCAUUUGCGUGAAACACUCGGUAAAGCAACUAAGCGUAGAAGAGUUAACAAUUUUGAAACAACGCGUGUUAGAAAUCGCCAUAUUUGUGGACGAUACGCCGCCCGUAGACGAAGUUCUAGAGAACUUCGCCCGAGUUAACGAAGGCUUCGUAGAAGUAUUUGAAGAAGAUACCAAAAUGAAUCAAAACCUGACUGAAGACGAAGCCGUGCUGAAGUAUUACGAAAAAGACAACGAAUAUUUGCAUGACAUCGUAAAUUUCGAAAGCGGCGAACUUCACGUGCCAGUAAUGAAAUACAACAAAGCGGCAACAAUGAGGGAUGAGAAAUAUAACCGUUUGGUGGUAACGAUAACAGGCGAAGUGCUCCUUACCGAUCCGGAACGAGCAAUAUUUAAGGCAGAAGACACCGAACACCCUAUAUCCAAGUUCAUAAUGAUUAUCACCGUGGGUAACCUCCUCACUACCGACCAGAAAGUCUCACUGAAUCCGCUGGUCGUUAAACUCAAAUCGAUCGAAAAUUUCCCUAGUGAACGCCUCGAAAACACUCCUUACAGAGCUCUGUAUUGCCGGUACUCUAUCCCCGCGAUCGCGGAGUGCAAAACGGCUCCUAUUCCCAUCCAACGAUCGAUUUUUCUCAACGACAGUCGAAUCUACUUCACCCACGGCCUCCCGAAAAUAAAACUGCUGGAGUUUUUGUACUCCAAGAGGCUCGUGGUCGAAAUAGGGGCGGUUAAAACCGGCAACGCUGCGAAGCGAAGCGACGCCGUGUUCGGAGGCGACCGAAACGACGCGAACAUCGCCCAAAUCUCGAAAGGCGAGUGGGCUUGCAUCGGUGCAGAGGAAGCCGACAGAGAGACCGAAAUUAUGGUGGCUGUGUGUUCCUUCGAUCUAAGCUCUUUGCUGGACAACGUUUGGCAGUUCAAGGAGCAAGGCCAAUUGCACGUGCCGAGUAACACAACGUUCAUGAAAUUUUACGAUCUCCCUCAAGAGAAAGGGCGAGGUUACUCGUCUUUGAACGAAAUCAAUCUGGUUAUGGACACAGCACCGGCAAAUAUUUUGACCGAGUCGCUUCUUUUGCGAAACGGAGCCAGCUUAACGCUCGAAGCUUACUUGUUGGCUCCUCAAGCGGCUCCUUUGGUGCUGCACCGAAUCCCCGACACUUUCAAGAGGCUCUUUUGCGUAGUCACCGACAAGGCACUGGCCUCGUCCUUCAUGGAGGAAAUACUCGCCCACCGAGACACUUUGACGGGUUUUGUGAUCGAUAACGGCCUCAGCUGCUUCGUUUUCGUCGAGGGCCCCUCGUUCGGUCACUUGCUGAACAUCUGGCGCGAAAUUGAACGCGCGCCAGUUACUAGUGCUAGGGUAUUCUUCGACAGCAACACAGUGUUCGAGCGAAGACUCUACAACAGUUGCGAUACGCCAUUCGGACUGCAUAUCGUCAUCCUCAAACGGCCCUUGCGAGAAAUUUUGAAAAAUAAACACGUGUACGUGCGAAGCAAUUUGCCGGCGCCAUGCCUCAAGGCCCUGACCAAGCUGCACUUGUUGUCGAAGUGUUGGUCGAUGAAAAUGAUAUUGCAGUACGAAUUGUUACCCGGGCGUGAAGAAUUAACGAGCUUGGAUAUUGAAUACGGCGUACCCUUUACGGGAAAAUAAUUUAAAGCUCAGUUAGUAAUUUUAAAUAUUCCUUGAACACCGUUGAUGCCAAACAUUUUACCUAUAUUCAUAUAUCGAGAAACAAUUUUGAAUUAAAUGAAAUAAUUGAACUGGCAGACAAAGGCACCGACGAGUAUAGAAUACACGAUAUGCCAAAAAUACACUACCAUACAAUUAUUGCUGAUUCUACUGAAAAAGCGUCUUGGAAUCGAUUCACUGAACUGAUAUCUUAGAGAAUUCGACAGCCCAAUCAGACACCAAAAUUCACUUUCGAAGAACGAUAAUUCGAUCUGUCGUCACAGACCACUUAAUAUAGUUGUA